AGCUCCUCCCCGGGUUUCCUCACAACGUUGAAGGCAGCAAUGCAAGCCGCACCUGCCCUCCGUAUAUACGACCCCACCCUUCCCAGCCAAGUGACUAUGGGCACUUCGGGAUACGGUAUUGGUGCGGUGUUGGAACAAUGUCACGAGGACGGUUGGCACCCGGUCGAGUAUUUCUCCCAAAAGGCGCCUCUCGUCAACACUCUCGACGACGCUAGAAAGAAAGAGCUACUUGCGUUCGUCAAUGUUCUCAAACGGUGGCGCCACUUUCUUCUCGGUCGUCGGCGUUUUAAAUGGAAUACGGACAACAAUCCGUUGACCUUUUAUAAAGUGCAGGAUACGGUCACUAGCACGAUUGGUCGAUGGAUGUAUUACAUCGACCACUUCAACUUUGACCCAUGCCACAUUCCCGGCCCCGCCAAUCGAGCUGCGGACGCCCUCUCACGACAGCACGAUUUUUGUGCCAUUGUGACCAUGACAUUCGACCUCGAUGACGAUCUGCAGCCGCAUUUCGUCAAAGGCUACAAGUCCUUUCCGACUUACUCUACGCUUUACGCAGAGCUUUCAUCGGAUCACCCGCCGGCUAGCCAUUAUCGGAUUUCCGACGGGUUCCUUCUCCUUCACACAAGAGGAAAGGACUUGUUAGUUGUGCCCCAAGAUCGCAUCUUACGGACUCGUCUUCUCGGCGAAUUCCACGACGCACGACUUUCGGCACACCUUGGCGUGACCCGCACAUUAGCACGCCUCCGCCAGCGUUUUCACUGGCCCGACGUCCUUCACGACGUCACGAGGUACAUUGAGUCAUAUGCAGUUUGCCACCGUAACAAGGGUCGAUCCCGAGUCCCCUUCGGCGAGUUGAAACCGUUGCCGAUUCCUCGAGCACCGCGCCUCUCCAUUGCUAUGGACGUUACAGGCCCGUUCCCCCGCGAUCGCCUCAGCUAUGACGGUAUUCUCACGGUCGUUGACAGUUUGAGCAAGUAUGCUCGUUUUCUUCCUUGCAAGUAUCAUGUUGUAGCGCCUGAGCUCGCACGACUCUUGCACACCGGUUGGAUUACCAACCAGGGUGUUCCGGAAGACAUAGUGAGCGAUCGAGAUACUCGCUUCAUGUCGGCCUUUUGGACUUCCCUUAUGGCCGAGUUCGGUACGACAAUGAAGCCGAGCUCGGCUCGGCAGCCGCGGACGGAUGGCCUGACGGAGCGAGCGCACCAGACCGCUCAGAUGAUGUUGCGUACGCUCAUCCGUCCCGACCAGAAAGAUUGGGUUGACCGGCUUCCCGACAUUAAGUUCGCCUAUAACACUUCGGUGCACCCGGCGAUCUGUGUCACACCAUUCGAGUUACAUCAUGGUGGAGAGAAAGCACGGAUCUUCGCUGAUCUCCUUCUACCACAAGCCGCCGACAUAGACGUCCCUUGCUCUCCCGCUUCCGUCCGGAAGUACCGGGACUUGCUGAUCAAAGCCCGCGCAAAUAUGCAAAAGGCUCAAAUCCGCAUGCAGCAGCAAGCGAACCGACGUCGACUCCCAUGUCCUUUCCGCGAGGGAGACCUUGUUUGGGUCCUCUCCGAGGAAUUUGCGCUCGAGCAGGACGUUUCGCGCAACUCCUUCCGAAAUGGUUCGGACCAUUGGAAAUUACUUCUGCCGUUGGAGACGACUCCGCAGGUCCUUCCUUUGUGGUCAACAUUCCACCACACCUUCCAGUGCACCGGGUCUUCCACGCGUCGAAGAUGACCAUCUACACGCCACCUUCCGCU